CAUCAAUUUAGUUUAGUAUUUGUUCUGUUUUCAAACGUUUAUAAAUUCGGUUCAAAGAUGCAUUCUGUUAAAAUGAGCAAAGUGAUCUCGCUGCUAAUUUCAAUAUUUUUUCUCAGUGGGGUUUGGCAGCGUGGAACGAAGAAUACAGUGAGGGACAUACCAAUUAAAUCAUUUUCCUGUUCGUAUCACGUACUUUUCGUUCUAUCAUUGUUGAUGGGAGCAAUUAAAAAUAGAGAAAUGGAAAAGUCAAUAUUUUUAGCAUUAGUGGCAAUUGGAAGUGCUAUUUUAUCGAUUAGACUUUGGUUAUUGAUAUGGAAACAAAAUCAAAUUCUUGAUUUAUUGAAUCGAAUUUGCGUGUUUUCGAUUCGAAAUGAUGCAGACUUCAAGCAUUUUAACGAAAAACUUAAAGGAUUCAUGACAUUCGUGUUGUUGUUUUUCGUUGCUGUUACCUUUGUCGAUGCAACAGCGGGCAUUGUAUUUCCGUUAAUUACACGGGGACAAUCAUUAUAUUUAGAAAUUGCAUUUCCUUUGGAUUAUAGGAACAGUGAUAUUGGACGUUUGGCGGCAAAUUUCUUUUUAUUCACUGAAAUCGUUUUGUCGUAUAUUGCAACAAUUUUCUCCAUAGUUAUUUGGUACUUACUAUUGAUUUGUUCUCUAAGAUACAAUAUGCUAGGAAGUGACUUGAGGAAUAUGGGACGAUGUAAUGAAAAAAGAAAACUUAAGGUGGCGGAACACCAUAUGCAAAACAAUUUCCUUAAUGACUUAAGGUCAUCAAUCGAGGCUCAAUUACACCUAAGAGAAUUAACAGCCGAAUUGGGGAACUUUUUCUCAGACAUGUUUUUCUUUCAAUUUUGCACCAGUGGCCUAAGCAUUUGCUUUUCUGUUUAUUGUCUUGCAUUCGAUGUUGGGGCCGGUCAAUUGGAACGAUCUGUCAUAUUUGUUCUGCUUUUCUACUUCAUUUCUGAACUAUUUAUGAUUACUUACUUCGGGAAUGAAAUUAAAUUAACAAGUAAUCACCUCUCGUAUUGCUUAUAUGAGUCAGAUUGGUACAACCAAUCCCAAACCACCAAAAUAUAUAUCAUCAUUUUUGCUGAAUAUUUAAAGCAACCUCAAGAGGUACUAAUUGGCAAAUUGUAUCCAUUAACGCUGGAGACGUUUACAAGAAUAUUUAAUUCAGCCUACAGCAUGUUCAACAUUUUAAAGAGGUUUCAGCAAUAAAAUUGUGACGAAGAGAGUUCAUACAUGGA